AUGGAUACCGAUCACCCAGGCUACAACCAUUUUGGAGCGCCGAUCCCUGAGGAUGAUUCGAAAUACGACGAUACGGGAAAACCAGUGACCGACUACAUUCCGAACUACAUCUCGAGUAAACCGUGGUACUACGAGGAGGACGCGCUCAAGGUCGAUUCGAACCUGCGCAGGAAACGGGCGGCCGAGCCUGCGUCUGUGGACAAACUGCGACAUCAGCGGCUUGAUCCCGAUGCGGAGUUUGUUCCAAACAGCGAGCCUCGCAAGGGCGCGGGAAUCGAGGACGAGUACGAUUUCGUGACCGAGGAAGCUAAACGACGAAGGAAGCUGCUCAAUAAGGGAGGCUGCGAUAACUGCGGCAGCUCCAAGCAUUCGAAAAAAGACUGUCUGGAGAAACCGCGCAAAAUCAGCUUCAAAUACCGCAGAGAGGAGCCAAAAAGCAGGUCUGGAGAGGUUCUUCGGGUGAAGAAAGACACUCAAGACUGGGAAACUAAACGAGACCGAUGGCACGGCUUCAAUAACGAGGAAGACUACGAAGAGCACCUCAAGACAAUGCGCGAGAUUGAACAGAAACGGACCGAGCAAACGGCUGCACAAGACGAUGAGUACGACGAGGACGAGCUUGCGGAGAUGGAAGAGCUGGGUAUUGUCGAAGCCGUGGCAAACUCCAAGACCAUGACUGCUAGUGGCAAGAAUAUUCCAACCAGGGCGCUGGAUGAAAAGGCAAAAUAUUUGGAGGGUGUUGGCAUCACGGAGCAAGAGGAGACAAUCGAAAAGACCGCAAUAAAGGACAAUAAGGCGAAGUUCCUCAGUGAAGAGGGCGAAUUUGUUCGACAAGAGUCUGGCGAGGCUGAGGAAUUUGAGAAGCAGAAACGGUUUUCAAAUACGAAGCAGACGAAAGAUAGCGAAAUUGUCGUUUCGGAAGAGCCAUUGGCUGGCCGCAAGUUUGUGGCUGAGACGUCUCCACCAGCAGAGGUGCCCAAACUGAAAGAGGAGGAAAAUGAGAAGGAGCUGGUCAGAGAAACAAAGAGGAGACAGCUGUUGGAGAAGUAUGGAGCUCUGUGA